UCAAACCACCAGAACAACUUCAAUCCUUCCCCAUCCCCCGACUCCCCCCCUCCACUCUCUUCUCCAGCCGAGUCCCCCUCGCUGCCAGACUCUUCUGGUCCCGGACUCCCUUCUCCACCCUCAAUUGACUCGUUUCGACGUGGUGCUCCCACCUCCCACCUGCCGCACAAUGUUUCUUCGCUCCAUCGCUCGCGCUGCUCCUCGCAGCCCGGCCGCCAUCCGUGCCGGCCCAUUGGCCUCGCUGAACGCCCUGCAGGCCCGCGCUGCCUCCGACCACGCUAUCUCGAACCCUACUCUGGCCUCCAUCGAGAAGCGCUGGGAGGGCAUGCCCCCUCAGGAGCAGGCCGAGCUGUGGAUGCAGCUCCGUGACCGUAUGAAGGUUGACUGGCACCAAAUGACCCUCCAGGAGAAGAAGGCCGCCUACUGGAUUGCCUUCGGUCCUCACGGUCCCCGCGCUGAGACCCCCAAGGGUGAGGGCCUGAAGAUCUUCUUCAAGGUUACCCAGCUCACUCUCGCCUCCUUCCUCGUCUUCUACGCUAUCCACUACUUCGCCAAGCCCCAGCCUAAGACCAUGUCCAAGGAGUGGCAGGAGGCCUCCAACGAAUACGCUCUGUCCGAGAAGAUCAACCCCAUCCACGGCAUCAGCAAGGAGGGCUACGAGGGCAAGGGCUUCGUGCAGAGCCCCCCCGCCGAGAAGUCAUAAGUGGGCUAGGUGCCCGAUUGGGGAUGAUGAACCGGACUCGGAUAUUGGGAUCGAACGGUGCGGGAUUUCGAUUUUGCACGCCUAUCGGGACUCGGAGGUAUUCCCCCGGGUCCAUGGCUUGCAUGCUGCUUGCCAUGUCGAUGUCGAAUUGACCGCCGAUGGGCACCCGGUCAAUGCCAGUCUGGGCUAUUCAUCGUUGUUUGUCUUUUGGCCCACAAGCAUCCGAAAAUGCGUGUAUCCCGUACUGUGCUAUAGUCAAUGUAUCUCUUUUGUAGCCAUAGAGAAACAUGUUGGACCGUUUCGUUGUUUUCUUACGCUUGCUUCGUUAUCUGAUUGUCAUUCAAUGUAUUCUUGUGUUGAUCCGUAGACCCAUAUCCCCUCGUACGUAGGUGGUCUC